AUGUAUCAUAUCCUCUGUGAGGUUUAUAGUGAGAUGGUCGGUCGUGGUAUCUUCAGUAAUGAUCUCCAAAGAGAUCUCAACGACUGCCUGUUACACUCCUACAAGAGCCGCAAAGACCUGAGAGACGGUCACGAUACCCAUGCAGGGCUUUUUGAUGCGUUCAUCUUCUACGACGAGGGCUCCCACCACGAUGAGCAUCUGACAUCGUUAUUUGCUGCAUUGUUCAUACACCAUCACCCCGACUACAUCAACGAAGAACUUCCUCCAGGAAAUUUAUCAGAGCUUCUUCCAGCAGUCAGAAGUAGAGCUCGGUCAUACUUCUGUCGCACACGCCAUGGAAAAUCUCUUCCGUGCGAUCCUAUCGCUGCGGGACCAGGCGAGAGCCACGAAUACUAUGUGGACGGACGUAAGAAUGAGGUUACUGUGAAGCUGGAAAUCGAGGAGGAAUAG